AUGAAUGAUAAUCCUUGGGCCACCAACGGGCCAGCCGCCGGUUGGGUAGAUGCCCCAUUCCCGCGUGAAGGUGACACGUAUGAGAGCAUUCUAUAUGAGCUGAUAUCCGCAGUCUAUGACGCUGUCUACGCCCUGGUAGAGGAAGAUGCGAGACUUGGACCGCCCGAAAAAAAUCCAGCGAGUAUCCUGGACUCGCGUGAACCAUUAGUGCCGGAAUCCCCUGGGCCGCACAUCGGACCCCCGGGCAAGGACACGUCUAGCCUGGUGGGUUCCAGCCUGGUGGGCUCCAGCCUGGUGGGUUCCAGCCUGGUGGGCUCCAGCCAGGUGGGACCGUCGAACUUGGAAGACCGGUCCAGUUUGGGUGGUGCGGCUGCGGGGGUCGUGGCUGGAUUAGGUAUUGACAAUAUGCCGGGUGUCGAGCCCAUGCGGUCAGAGCCCAUGCGGUCAGAGCCCAUACGGUCGGAGGCGUUGGAACCAGCCGCGCGGUCGCGUGGUGGUCGGCACCGGGUGAGUGGGGUGUAUGAGUACCGGACGUGGAACCCGUUGCGGCGCGUGUUUCCAGCAUUUGAGCAGAACCGGUUGUGCGGGAAAUUGGCUUUGAUGUCGCCGAUCCCGAAUGCAGCUGUGACGGCGGCUUUGGAGCGGAAGGUCGGUGGCUCGACUCCAGGCGGUGGCGAUCCGUUGGUGGCGCGCGCGUGUGCGAUGGCGAGUACGUGGUUACGAGAAAGUUACGGAGAAACCGAGGGUCCGGGUGAAGCGCAGUGCAACUGCUGCAGCCGGACGCUUAAGCCGUACAGUUUUCGAGUACGUUGCGCCGAUUGCGUGGACUACGACCAAUGCGAACGUUGCUUUGCGGAGGGGCUCGAGAGUGAAGGGCAUUCGAAACGUCAUCGUUAUAUCCCCGUUGGGCCACAGAACUUCUUGCUAUUUAAUGACCAGUGGUCGGCCUCGGAGGAACUGGUUUUGUUAGAAGCAGUUGCCCGUUAUGGCUUCGGCAAUUGGAACGAGGUAGCCGAGUGGGUCGGAGUUGUCACACCUGAAAAGAUCGCGCCGAAAGACAAAGACGUCUGCAAGAAACGCUAUUAUGAUUUCCACCUCAAUCACCGAGCCGCCAACCAACCUUUGUGGCCUAUACAUAAUCUCAAGUCCAAGCUUUUGUACGACGGGAGCCUCGGUUUCACACAGGCACUCGUUCAACACCGAAUUCGCCCAGACCAAGAAGCAACCACCGCCGCCGCGAAGGCUGCCAAAGACGCCGACCAAGGUGUAGCGGCGGCCGCGGCUACCAACGGUACUGGCAACGUUGGUGCUGGUGGUCAUAUCAUGGGUACUGCCGCGGUAGGGGCCGGAGGUGCCGCGACUACGGCUGCAGUCAACGGUGUUGCGAUCAGAACAACAGCGGCACCGGCGGGUCGUGAGAUUGACUAUUCGCCCAUAUAUAAUGGCCGUGGGAUAGACUUGGUGUAUUCGUCAAGUUGUCCCCGGCCGACGUCGGGAAAGACUGGGGGUGGCAUGCCGGUGGCGUCAGGUGGCGGAUUGCCGCACACGUGUGUGGGGGCGGAAUUGCUUGCGGGGGACACAGUGUUGGCGGACAGGGAAUUAGGUUUGAUAUGGGAGUAUGAUUUGGUGCCGGAGGCGUAUCAGGGGAGGGAGGAGUAUGAGAUGCCUCAGAGUGCGGAAUCGGUGGUAGUAGUUUACCAGGCGACGAAACCGGUGGGGAUGUUGCCUCCUCGGGUGAGUAUUUCCGGAUUCCAGUAUAACCGUGGAGACUUGGAUGUGGAGUAUAAUAACGACUUCGAGUUAAAUGUAUGCGAUCUGGAGGUCAAAGAGUUCGAUUCGCCCAUGGAGAAGGAGGCCAAGCUGCAGGCGUUGGAGGCAUAUAACGCUGUGUUGGAUGACCGAUGGCUGCGGAAGCGGUUGUACUUCGACCGGAGUGUGUACGACAUCAAGAACAACAACGCAAGUCUGAAUAAGUGGCUUUCAAACAAAGCGCUAUACGUCUCAAACAAAUCGUCCAGCUCAGAGUCCGAAUUCAAGGUAUUAUGGGAAACCCUACGGCCGCUAUGGCGUUUCCUAUACUAUAACUACGCCGAACACCCUGGAGCGCUCUUCAACAAGAACCAAAAAUACCAUGAGGCCUGCGCCGGAAUCGUCCCCUCAGAUAUUGACGACCUGCCCGAUCUCAUUGCCGACGACCGACUGCUUGUCGAUAGACUGGACCUACUGACACAGUGGAAAGAGGCUGGACUCUCCACCCUGAAAGAUGUACUAGACCACGGUGCGCCAUACGCCGCCCAGAUCGAUCAACGCACGCCCAUACACUGGGCCAUGGCCACCGCCGCCACCGGCAACCCCGGCACCACUUCCGACUGGCUCAGACAAAGCCUCUGUCUUAAAGAAAAUACCUACGGACAGCUUGUACAGGUCAUCUGCAACCAAAUACAUUCCGCUUUCGGCGACGCACCCGCCAAACCCAUCACCGUCGGAGACAGCGUACCUAUGGUCGACAUCGUCAUCGACGCCCAAGCCGAAAAAUUCGCGGACGGCCCGCUCCCCGCCGCGCCCCCGGCACCCGCUAUUCCCAAAAAAAGACGCGUCAUGGUCGAAGAGGAAGGAGAAAUAGUCUAG